CUUUGUAUACGAAUUGAGAAUCGGAAUAAAAGCACACUGAACGUAUCGGUUCUGCUAGCAUCGUCGAGCAGCCCACCCCACCAAGCCAGCCAGCCAGCCAGCACUCAAAGCCAUGGUAGACACCACUAGCCAUGGGAUCAUGACGUUCUCGCCCAUGUUCACGGCACAGCCUCGCAUUCGCAUCCCGUCCCCUGCUUCGCCGACGUCGACGUCGUCGACCGCCGCCGCCAUUGACGAAAUUCUGCGCAUCAUCACGCAUGCCAUCGACGACGCCCACGCGGCGCUUGCGCGGCAUCUCACGCAGCCCACCUCCGACGAAGAUGUGGUGGAUGACAUUUGUGCAUUCCGAAUGCAGUUCCAACACGCGAACGCGAUCAUGGCAACUGCAUUGGUACACCGGAGGCUAGUGCACUCCCCAACGAUCAUCGAACAUGCAUUUGCGUCUUCCAUGGAGAGCGAGAACGCGGCGUCGGACGGCGACCUCACCGCGUUCUAUCGGGAUAUGCAAGUCCACUUCAAGCAAGCGGACGAUAUCGAGUGGCGAUUUGAAUGUCUCCCUAGUCGCGCUAGCAGCUCCUGGACUGACGAAGGCAGUUCGACGGCUGCGUCAGAAGUACGCCAGCCGAGUAGCGCCAGCACGUCUUAAGUCUAUUUAAGGACACCCUGCACAUAUUCAUCGCAAUCAAUGAUCACAACCACCACCACCAUCCUCAUAGCAUCUGGGUGUCGCCUGCGUAUGCUGACG